AUGAAAAACCUUCCUUACAGACAAAAAUCUUUGUGGGAAACUUUGAAUAACCAUCAUGGAUGGGGUUGGCCAGACGUUUUUCAUUUCAGAAGUUCCGUUUUUUUAACUGUAUUUCCGGUAGUCUUUACUUCUACCUUACUUUCUACAAUAUUAUGUGUUUUGUAUCUUAUAUACGAUGUUGAUGUAACAUUGCCUGCAAGUUUGGUCGGCACUAUAACAGUUGUGGUCGGUCUUCUUUUGGCUUUCCGCACGAAUCAUGCUUACGAUAGAUAUUACGAAGGCCGAAAAUUAUUUAGUACUAUGUGUACUCAUGUUAGAAAUGCAGCACGUCUUACUUGGGUUGGUGUUGAGGAAAGAAAUCGAGAAGAUCACGAAGAUAAAAUAAAUGCCAUAAAACUUUUGUUGGCUUUUGUUAUUGCGACAAAACAUCAUCUUCGAACUGAAUUUGGUACCGAUUAUGAAGAUCUUAAAGACCUUUUACCUGAUGGCUUACAAAAAACCAAAUUCGGGGGUAAUGCUGGACAGGAUGUUGAUAGCGAAGAACACGAAGAACAACAUCGUCAAGAUUAUAGUGAAGAUUCCAUAGUAACUGUCAUUGCCGACAAUGAGAAUACAGCGCUCCUUCAAAAUUGUGAAAGUCCAAAAAAAUAUGUUAAUAAUAAUUAUGAUAAUUUAUACACUAAAAAAUUACCAAAUUUCCGUGCAUCUGGUAGUUCUGCUAUUUCGGAAAAUAGAUUGAUGGAUUGGGGGGGUAAAAUUAAUCCCACAAUGAGUCUUCCCUUGGAAAUUACUUAUUAUUUGGGAUUAUAUUUCAAUCGAAAACAAUUUGACGCCAUUAAUAACAUUUUGUCUUCUUUAAUCGAAAUCCUUGGAUGUCUCGAAAGAAUUGGAAACACUCCUAUACCAAACGCGUAUAGAUAUCACUUAAAACAAGCUGUAUCAAUAUAUGUUUGGAUGCUUCCAUUCACCAUGAUUGAAUCACUUGGCUGGUUGACUAUCCCUGUUAUCGCGGUUAUUUCUUUUGUGCUAUUUGGUGUCGAAGCGAUUGGUGCUGAAAUUGAAAACCCAUUUGGUUAUGAUGCGAAUGACUUACCCUUGGAUGAAUAUUGCAAGCCCAAAGAAAUUUCAUGCAAAUGA